AUGUACCGGCACAAUCUAUGUGAGGGCGGGAUCCCCUUCUGGGGCUUCCACGACCUUAUCUCCGAAGUGCUUGUCAGCCAGGGCAAGUUUGAAGACGCCUCGGCCUUGUUGAAAGACGAGAAGAACAAUCUGUGGAAUGCCUACUGGGAGGAUAAGCGGGCGCAUCCCGAACGCAUCACAAUCCUGAUUUAUAUUGUUGCCUCCUGGACGAGCGCGGCUCACACGCUGCGGACGCUGAAGAGCUGGGGUGACCUGUCAGUCAGGCUAAGCAUCCUCAAUCUUGGACUCAGACCCUUUAGCGACACAGUAGAUCGACCGGAGACCCAGUUUCCGCUUGCCAGGACUCAGUUCACCCGGCAUUACCUCACCUCAGACGGUGGGCUCUCCCUUACUGCGCCUCCCAAGACUACGGCCAUCUUCUAUAAGGCUAAGAGCAGAAAAGUAAUUUUCUAA